AUGUCGAAAAUCGUGAACGGCCAGGUGGCUCAACAAGGUCAGUUUCCUUGGCAAGUGUCGAUUCGGGCAGCACUUGGACGGAGCGUAACCGUCUGUGGUGGUUCACUGAUUGACGCCCGGUGGGUUCUUACGGCGGCCCAUUGUACUAAUGACUACAAUGUGUUCCAAAUCGGCCUUGGUUCGAUCCACUUGAAUAUGGCCAGGUUAACUAUGUCCACUGUGACCAAGUAUGUGCAUCCUGAGUUCGAUCCAUGGAAGCUGACCAACGACGUCGCACUCAUACGGCUACCCUCGGUCGUACCUUACAGCUUAGAAAUUUUCCCAAUCAAGCUUCCAGUCAACAUAUCUCCCGUUGAGACGUUCCUUGGUCGGAAAGUGAUUGUAUCUGGAUUUGGACGCACAUCCGAUGCAGUUCAAUCUAUUUCCACCAUAUUGAAAUUCGAGCACAUGCGUAUAAUUUCCAACACGGAAUGUUCCAACGUGUACGGCUCCUCCAUUAUACGUAACACGACACUCUGUGCUAUUGGAUGGGAACGCUCGAAUCAAAAUGUUUGCCAGGGCGACUCCGGUGGCCCGAUGGUAAUGCAGCACAACGGGGGAAGCUGGAUACAAAUCGGAAUCGUCUCCUUCGUGUCCAGCCGUGGAUGCAGUACUGGCGAUCCGUCCGGGUAUAUUCGUACUGUUAACUAUCUCAACUGGAUAUCCGAAACAACCGGUCUCCGAACUCUUGGUUCGGUUGUAAGGCCGGUCUAA